UGGCGGAGGGAUCUGCAGAGGCAUUACAGGGGAGGGGAGUACACCCGGGCGCUGCCCUAUUUCCUUGCCUUAUCCCGGCUGUUGGAGCUCAGAUUAUCUACGGCCGUGACGGAGCCGUUUCAACCCCAUUACCGGCUUCCCAUACCCCCGCUUUCCUAAACACCGUUACCUCCCGGUGUUCCCCUCACUGAAGAUGUCCGGCUGGCAGGAUUACGUGGAUAUGCUGAUGGCCGAUGGCAGCUGCCAGGAGGCCGCCAUUGUCGGUUACGUGGAUGCCAAGUACGUCUGGGCAACGACACCCGGGGGAUUUUUUCAGACGUUGACGCCUCGGGGGAGGAGGCUGCAGCUUCUUAUACCGGUUGUACCUACCCAUGUGUAUGUGGUAGACCUGGCCGGAUUGGGGGAGAUUGCUCUCAGCCCCUUUCAGUGGGUGUCUCAGGCAAAUCUCAUUAACAGUGCAAAUUGGGAGCUGCUAAUCUUGGUUUUUGCAAUGGGCAAAGAAGGUGUCCACGGAGGAGGAUUGAAUAAGAAGGCAUUCGCAAUGGUGAAAUACUUGAGAGAUAUGGGAUUCUAAUUGUUAGGCUGACCUCAAUCUAGGGGGAAACUUAAAGAAAUUGCUACUAAAUUUUCCUUGUCUGAACAAAAUCUUUUUAUCUGGAAACUUUAUUAGCAAAGUUGGGUAAUGGGGUAUGAACCUUUGUCUCCUUUGUAUCCCUAUUUUAGUGGGGAAAGUCCUUUUUUUUUUUUUUUUUUUUUUUCCCCCCCACCUUUUUUAUUUUUAUUUUUUUUUAUUUUUUUUUUUAAUAUAAUUUUUCUUUGUGCAUUCAAUAAUUUGGUUUGUGUCAUUGCAAGUGAUGUCCACAAAGGGCAAUGUAACAAAACUGUUUAGUCUAACUCCUAUUUACAAAGGCUCUGCUCUUGUGCAGAGGCGUCUUCCCUACCCCACAUCUGUUCUUUAAUUUUAUUAAACAUAGUCUAUGAAAAGCUACCAGACUAGAUGGUAGGUACAUUUGUCAAUUUACCAAUAUUUAAGCCCCGUACGGUUAAAUUAUAAUGUAACUAUGUUUUGGAAAUUCAGAGUGUAGACCAAUUAUGUAAUAUACAUGGCAUUUUAACAAUGAAUUAUUCCAAGACUUGUAUUAGUUUUCUGUAUCCAAUCCCUUUUACUAUACCAGUGGUGUCUGAUCCGCUACACAUGCAGUUAAAAGGGAUGAGUUAGGAACUCUGCAAUGGCAGUCAUAUUACAGAAUGUAUAUUUAGCCACACAAUGCACUUAAACUAAAGAUGUUGCCUGUUAACCUUCCUCUUUUUAAAUCGUUAUUAAAUGUAAGCACUUUUCUUAUGAGGUGUGUGGUACAGAAAUCUCCUCAUUGCCAUAAUGCGGAUUUGUUAUGUCCAGUUGUGCUAAAAGAUUUUUUUAAACAAAAAGUUAAUGUGCUGCAGGUGGUACUACCUCUAUGGCCUGUAACACUGCAGCUGGACAUGCUAUAACUAUACUGGUGAAAAGCUUUUAGAGCUAGAAAACAAAACACUAAUAGGUCAAAUAUUGGACUGAUCCAUGUUUAGCAGUAUGAAUAUAUGUUAAGCUGAACCUAGUCUUCCUUUGCACAGUUUGAAAAGCAUUGCAAGCAAUGCAGAAAUCCUAUCCAUCAAGUGUCUGUCAUUUGCUUAAUGCAGCUUUCCUUUUGUUGUGGGACUGACUAAUCCUUCGUGUAAUUGCUACUGCAGGCUUCAAUGCCCGUGACUUUUUUUUUAAAUAUUAAAGAGCAUUAAAGCUCUGCAUGGAAUUUCACAUUUGUGUAUUUUUAUUUCAGUUAAAAUUUGUAAUUUAUUUCUUCCUGCCAAACCAAUUUUUAACUUAAAACUGUAUACCUUUUAAACUGAUGUGUGAGAAUUUGUUCUGCCAGCUAUAUUUCAAAUAGCCUGUGACCUUUGCAGCAGAACAAAAUUAUAUAUAAUAUAAUGUAAAAUUUGAAAGUCAAUUUUGGCUACUGUAACGGGGGCUAUAGGACUCAAAAAGUAAAGUUUAAAUCUAGCAUUUCACACACUUGCAAAAUUGUAUGUACAUUGGACAACACUAAUGCUUUUAUUUAUAACUUUAGCAAUUCAGACUUGAAAUUUUGGGAAAUGUCUCAUCAUCAGUCUUAACAAAGUUAACAUAUACAUGACACUACAAUGUUACUAUUCCCAGAUUCUCUUAUUUAUGAAGGUGUUAGAACACAAACCCUUAAUCAGCAAAGUACUUAUUUUCUAGAAAAUAACUUGAGCAAUGUUAAAAUAUUCUAAUAAUCUUUUACAUUGCUAGUUUUUUUUUUAUUUCAUAGGACCAAUUCUGCUUGAAUUUAUUGAAUUUAUCAAAAUAUUUAUAGGCUUAAUACUUUUAUAAAGGGGUAUCUACCACCUUCGUUCUCAUUUUUGUCAACUUCUUUUCAAUGGCAUUGCUGCUGCAAUAUCAGUAUAUUGAGGGGUUUAGUAAUUUACAAUAUUGCUGCUGAAAUCUACAUUAACACAUAAAGAUAAUUGUGUUUGUCAGACCUGUGCUGCAGUUUAGUACAUUUCCUUGAAAUAUUUGAAAUGUGUAUAACCUGAUUGUCAGUUAAAACGCUCUGCUCACUGUAUAUUUUAAUAAAAAUAAAAUUAUGUAUUGAAAAGUAGAUGGCAUUCUUUAGAAUGAACCUGGUUGUAAAUGUGAUAGCUCCAUAUAUAAUGUGCCAUAUGACAAACCAAGUGACAUGAGUUUUAACUGACAUGAGGGUAACUUCUCUGGAAUGGCACUUCUGUAAAGACAUUAGUAUUUGCUUUUGUUGUUUUAGGUUGUGUGUCAUGUACAAAUGUAAACUGUAUUGUUAAUUUGUCCAUUUCUUUCCCUGCACUUUUAUUACAUCUGGGAUACAGUCUAACUCAUCUGAUUUUAAUCUGCAUUUAAAAAAAAUGCCAUAAAACUAUUAAAACACCUUGUUUACAAACAGAUGAAAUAAAUUUAUUCCAACCAAA